AUGUUCAGGAAGUACCACACCAGGCUCACCUUCAGGCAGAUGAGGCUGGAUAAUGUCUCUUUGGGGCUGGAGUUUCUGGACCAGGAGAAUGUCAAGAUGGUGUCUAUAGACAGUAAAGCCAUAGUAGAUGGGAAUAUGACGCUGGUUCUAGGGUUGGUGUGUACCCUGAUCCUACACUACUCCAUCUCUUCUCCUCUACUGGAGGAUGGGGGCCAGGACAAGACCAAGAAACAGACCCCUGAGCUUAGGCUGCUGGGGUAUAUCCAGGACAAGGUGCCCGAACUGCCUAUCACCAACUUCAGCCAGGACUGGCAGAAUGCCAAGGCUCUGGGAGCACUGGUGGACGGACUGGCCCCAGUGCCCAGACUGGGAGAGCUGGGACGAGGUACAGUGGGUAGACAAUGCCAAAGAGGCCAUGCAGCAGGCUGACGAGUGGCUGGGAGUGCCA